ACAUAUAAGGCUGAAAAUUACAAAAAUGGCUUAAAUGAUGACACCAACUCGUGCCUAGCGGCCUUGAGUAGCUUAUAAUCACGGUUCAGCAUUAUAAGACUUGCUGUUAGUUGGUCCGAAGGUCGUUACUUAUGUUUGCGGAACUUACAACUCGCAAGUGUUCGAAAGAUGGAUCUGAAACUUAUACCAGUAUUGUUCUUAUUGCUGGGAUUGUCUAUGGAAUUUGAAGACAAGAAACCAGAUGUCUUGGAUUCCAACAAGCAGCUGCAUAACGAAUCUCGUCUGGAUAUAUUUGCUGAACUUGUUGUCCAGAAAUAUGCAGAAGAUGGGCAACUAAAAUUACCAGGAUUUACUUCACUUUGGAGCAAUCUCCUUGGAGAAAGCAUCAGUACUUCUAUGGGUCCUUCUUCAAAUUCCUUAUGCAAAGAAAUGUUCGGCCAAACUCCCAUUUGCCAGUUAACUCACGAAUGCUUGGAUCCCAAAGAAAUCUUUGCUCUGGCACGUAGGUCAGAUUUGGAUAUGGCUGAUUUAAAGAAUAUAUGCCCAUUGAUGGUUUAUCAGCUGGAAUCUGGGCUUUGUCGCAAUAAUAGAGAAGCAGAAAUGAACCAGAAAACUGAAAUUAAAGCACCAGAAAACAAUAAAAAACCUACUCCACAAGAAGUCUGGGGAUAUGGUAUCCUUUUCGUCACGCUGAUCAGUUUGUGCUCUUUGGUUGGAGUGUCUGUUUUGCCAUUAAUGGGCAAGGCGUUCUAUUCGAAGCUGUUGACUGUUCUAAUCGGCCUAGCCGUUGGUUCGCUUUCUGGAAGUUCCGUUUUCCACCUUAUACCGCAGGCGUUCGGCCUGAUGAACGCGGAUCCUGAUCACCACUACUUGCAGACAUCCGUGUUAUUGUUUUCCGGCGUCUGGCUCUUCUUUAUGAUUGAGCGCUUUCUCAAAAUUACCAUGGACUGGAAAGAGAAGAAAAAUCAGCUGAGACGGGUCAUAAGCAACCCUGUUGCAACUUUGGGCCUCAUAGCCGAAUCUCCUGGGCAAUCUAACGCACUCAGUGCAGAUGUCGAGAAAAUAUACGAAUCGCAAGAGCAAGUGAUAAAAGCCUCUUUCGGACAUCAAGCGAAGCCACAAAGGAGUCAUAGCCAUGAGCGCAUGAUCCAUUACAAAAGCGGCGAUUCGCCCAUAUCUUCUUUAGCAUGGAUGAUUAUCUUUGGAGACGGUUUCCACAACUUCAUUGAUGGGCUCUCUUUGGGGGCAGCUUUUAAUGAAAGUAUUCCAACAGGAAUGAGCAUUUCAUUGGCUGUCAUGUGUGAAGAGUUGCCUCACGAAUUAGGUGAUUUUGCUGUUCUUUUGAGCGCUGGAAUGACGAUGCGCCAAGCCUUGAUCUACAAUUUCCUCUCAGCUUGUACUUGUUAUUUGGGGUUGGUUUGUGGCAUCAUUCUUGGCGAGUUCGAGGCAUCACAGUAUAUCUUUGCGUUGGCUGGUGGCAUGUUCCUUUACAUCGCGCUCGUUGAUAUGAUGCCCGAAAUGAAUGAAGUUGCGGAAGAAGCCAGUCGUGAAUCAGUACCCCAAGCACUGAAAGUGUUGACUUUGCAGAAUAUUGGCAUCUUGAGUGGUGUUGGUGCACUCUAUUUGCUCGCAAGAUUCCAAGAUCAGAUUCGUUUUGUGUGAAAGUAGUUUACGGUAAUCCUAACUCUACCUGUCCCUACCACAACAGUUUUCCUGAUUUUGUUUUACCUCCGUUCAGGGUUCCGAUGAUGCUGACGGGAGCUAGUCACAGCAUUCUGACAGUUUGAACAUUUGAAUUCUGUAUAAACAAGCAAUUGAUAGAUAAGUUCUUUUUUCACCUGCAGCCGGUAUGGCGAAUUUGUUAAGUUAGUAAACAAUCGUUGAAGUUCAAAUAUUUUGCAAAGCAGCAAAAGAGAUUUCUGUUCUAGUUGUCACGGCACGAUAUUCAACUGCCAGGCGUUAAAAAUCCGUUUCUGACGACAACGGGUUUCUCUUGAAAUGUAUUGGAGUUGCUUGUUGGUCGAGAGCCUUAUGUUAUACAUUAUAUAAAUCGCAUUUGACAAGGCCAAUAAAUUAUUGGAUGUCUUUGA